AUGUGGACGUCCGACUUCAGCGACACAUCCCAUUACAAGAAAGAUUCCAUGUCAGUAGAAGACAAGAGGGCACUGGGUCUAAAGGAUUCUACACUAUCAUUUGUUAAUGGUCACUACGAGAUGGGACUUCCGUGGCGGAAGGAUGACGCUAGUUUGCCGAAUAAUUUAACACUUGCGCAUGCGCGCCUUCAUCAACUGAAAAGGAAACUCUCUCGUGACAACGUGCUACAUGAGAUGUACACCAAGACAGUAACAGACUACAUAGACAAAGGCUAUGCCAAAGAAGUGACUAAUGAAGGCUCAAACACGAAAAGAAUAUGGUACUUGCCUCACCAUCCUGUGACGAACGUGAAUAAACCCGGAAAGGUUCGUGUUGUAUUUGAUUGUGCCGCGAAAUUUAAGGAUAUUUCACUUAAUAGCCAGCUUCUACAAGGUCCCGAUAUGAUGAACAGCCUCGUAGGCGUACUAACCCGAUUUCGACAGGAACAAAUAGCUAUCUUCACUGAUAUAGAGGCGAUGUUUCACCAGGUUCGUGUGUGCGAGAAGGACUGUGACGCACUUCGCUUUCUAUGGUGGCCUGGCGGGAACAUGUCCAAGACACCUAAGACGUACUGUAUGCGGGUUCAUUUGUUUGGCGCUACUUCCUCCCCUAGCUGUGCGGCGUAUGCACUGAAGAAAACAACCAGUGAUAACGCAGAUAAAUUUGAAGCCGAGGUUAUAUCGACAGUUGACAGGAACUGCUACGUUGAUGAUUGUUUGAAGUCUGUCCCAUCUGUGAAGGAAGCAGUGAACCUUGCAGCAGAUUUACAGUCUCUGAUGCGUUUGGGUUGUUUCCGACUCACAAAAUGGAUAAGUAACAGUCGGACGGUACUAAACACGAUUCCGGAUUCCGAACGUGCACCGACGGUUGUUAGUCUCGACCCUAGGGACGUACUACCCUGUGACCGUGCAUUGGGCGUCAAAUGGAAUGUUAACGACGAUACUAUUACAUUUAAAAUCAAAGUUGCAGAUAAACCCUUGACGAGACGUGGUAUACUUUCCAUAGUUAGUGCGAUAUUUGAUCCACUAGGAUUUGUAUCACCAGUAACAUUACGCGCGAAGGCGAUUGUGCAAAACCUGUGCAGACAGAAGAUAGGCUGGGAUGAAGAAGUUCCACAGAAAGAACGUGACGAGUGGCAACGAUGGAUAGCCAACCUACCUCAUUUGGAACACUUGAGUAUUAAUCGUUGUUUCCGUCCUAGUCACUUCGGCGAAUUGAAGAACGUACAGCUGCAGGUGUUUAGUGAUGGUUCUGAGACAGGCUACGGCGCAUGCGCAUACUUACGAUUGACUGAUCAACACAAUAAAAUUGCCUGCAAGCUGGUAGUUGGGAAGUCAAGAUUAGCACCGAUAAAGCAAGCAUCUAUUCCACGGUUAGAGUUAUGUGGCGCUGUUGUGGCCUGCCGUCUUUAUGCCAUGAUGUCAGUGGAAUUGGACCUAAAGGUCGAUCAAGCCAUCUUUUGGACGGAUUCCAUGAUACUUCUUGGAUACAUUAACAACACUACUCGAAGGUUCAAGACAUUUGUUGGUAACAGAAUAAGUUACAUUCACGAAACGACACGUCCAGAACAGUGGCGGUAUGUAGACUCGGGUUCGAACCCGGCCGAUAUAGCUUCUAGGGGAAUUGACCCGAGUGAUAUGGAUGGCAUCAGCACUUGGCUAAACGGACCAGAAUUCAUUCUUCACGACGAAUCGAGUUGGCCUCGAUUACCUAAUGAGCCAGAAUUAGUAUACGGCGAUUCUGAAAUCAAGAAUGAUGUUGCAGUUAACGUGACGGCUUUGAAUACAGAACAUGAUUUACAUGUAAAUAAUUUCAUCAGGCACUACUCUGAUUGGACUAGACUACGGAGAGCGGUUGCGCGGUUACUGAGGUUCAUGAAGUACUGCAGACGACAUCACCUGACUCCAGACGAACAACAAGAACAACGCGAUCUAAGUGCAUCCGAGUUACUAAACGCCUCUCAUGCCAUACUGCAACAUAUACAUAAUACCUAUUUUAAACAGGAAAUAGAAGAUAUACGUAAAGGACAGCCUGUUAAGAAGGACAGUCGAUUAGUAACGUUAAACCCCGUAUUAGUAAACGGACUCAUCCGAAUGUAUGGAAGACAGAACAACACCGAUUAUAACACGUGUCCAGUUAUGCUCCCGCACGAUGAUCACGUGACACAGCUUAUUAUCCGUUAUUUCCAUCAGAACAACGGUCAUGUGGGAAGUCAGCAAGUACUUGCAGAAACAAGGGCAUAUUACUGGAUACUACGUGGUCCCAGCGCUGUAAAGAAAGUUAUUGGAAGUUGUUUCGUCUGUAAACGACAACACAGUCCUCCACUUACCCAGCAGAUGGCGCCAUUGAUCAAAGGACAGACGACACCUGACAAGCUGCCAUUUACGUUUGUGGGUGUAGAUUACUUCGGUCCCUUGAUGGUGAAGUAUGGACGAUCAUGCUCGAAGAGAUAUGGUUGUCUGUUUACUUGUUUAAACACCAGAGCAGUCCACAUCGAGGUGACACACAGUCUGACAACAGAUUCAUUUAUGGCGGCCUAUCAAAGAUUCUCAAGCCGGCGAGGAUAUCCAGAGAAGAUCUAUAGCGACAAUGGGACAAAUUUAGUGAGCGGAGACAAAGAACUAAAGAAGUCUAUAGAUGAGUGGAACCAGUCCAAGAUUGGACGAAUCAUGGUGCAGCAUGCUGUAGAAUGGCACUUCAACCCACCGCAUGCCAGUCACACUGGGGGUGCUUGGGAAAGAAUGAUUAGGUCUACGAGCACCAUACUCAAAGCUCUUGCGAGAGAACAACUACUUACAGACGAGAAAUUAUUGACCCUGAUAGCUGAGACAGAAAGAAUACUCAACGACAGACCGAUAACUCCUGUAAGCAGCGACCCAAGAGAUCCGCCUGCAUUGACACCAAAUAUGCUUCUUUUAAUGAAGUCUAAUACUAGUAUUCCGAGUGGAAUUUUCAAGAAGGAAGACGGUUACAGCAAGAGGUGGUGGAGACAGAUCCAAUACCUAGCAGACACAUUCUGGAAGAGGUGGAUUAAAGAGUAUUUGCCUACACUGCAAACUCGACAGAAGUGGCAGAGAGAAACACGUGACGUACAAGUCAAUGACGUGGUGCUCCUGGUGGAAGACAAAGUACCGAGAGGGCAGUGGCCGCUUGGCAGAGUUACCGAAAUCAUUGAGGGUAGGGAUGGGCAUAUACGUAAAUGUAAGGUUCAAUCUAGGAACUCGAGCUGCGUGAGACCAAUUACGAAGUUAUGUCUGUUAGAAGCUCAGAGUGAUUAA